GGUUUCCUGGCAGAGGGCAGCGUCGGUGACAGACUACAUUUCCCAGGAUCCUGUUGCGCCGAAGUCUCCUGUGUCAUUGCACGAGGACCUUGCAGAUCUGCAGGGGACGCUUGGGCUGCUGCGGUUCAUGCUGCUGGUGCUGGAGAAGCAUGACAAUCAGCAAUCUGUCUUCUAAACGACUCAGAACAGAGCUGAAUUAGGGUCUGCUUUUGCUCCAGACCCUCGAAGGGUGGCUGGUUAGCCGUUUCAUGUCAGACGCUAGAUGUCAUCUGCAGAAGAAAAGAGCUUACCUCUUCCAGAGAGAUGGCCCCGGGCCAGCAAAUUUGCUCUGUCAGCCUGUGCAGCGGCUGUGGCAGAACUAGUGACAUUUCCCCUGGAUCUCACAAAAACUCGACUGCAGGUCCAAGGCGAAGCUGCUAUUCAUCGCAAUGGAGUUGCUGCUGGCCAGACAGUCCCUUACCGUGGCAUGCUGUGCACCGCGGCUGGCAUUGUGCAAGAAGAAGGCUUACAAAAGCUCUGGCAAGGAGCCACGCCGGCUGUCUACCGCCACAUAGUGUACUCUGGUGUUCGGAUGGUUGUGUAUGAACAUCUCCGUGACUCUGUGCUUGGCAGGGCUGAGGAUGACAGCUUUCCUCUCUGGAAAGCUGUAGUUGGAGGCAUGUCUGCAGGUGCCAUCGGACAGUUUUUCGCCAGCCCAACUGAUCUGGUGAAGGUGCAGAUGCAGAUGGAAGGAAAAAGGAAGUUGGAAGGAAAGCCGUUACGGUUUCGAGGAGUGCACCACGCAUUUAUGAAGAUCCUGUCUGAAGGAGGAAUACGGGGCCUUUGGGCUGGAUGGGUUCCAAAUGUCCAGAGAGCUGCUUUGGUGAACAUGGGAGAUCUCACCACUUAUGACUCAGUGAAACACUUUUUGCUUCUGAACACACCACUUGUGGACAACAGCCUGACUCACAGUGUUGCCAGUUGCUGUUCUGGCCUGGUAGCUGCUGUUCUGGGAACUCCAGCUGAUGUGGUCAAAACCCGGAUAAUGAACCAGCCGAGAGAUAAGCAGGGAAGAGGUCUGCUGUAUAAAUCUUCCAUGGAUUGCUUGAUUCAAAGUGUACAGGGUGAAGGGUUUAUGUCUCUAUACAAAGGCUUUAUACCAACCUGGAUGCGAAUGGCUCCUUGGUCACUGGUGUUCUGGCUUACGUAUGAACAGAUCAGAAGGAUCUGUGGAGUCAGUUCUUUUUAAAAUCAUGAAAACACUUCAAAACAAAGAAAAAUUGGAAGGCUGGAUUCUCAUACUACAAGGCAUCCCAACCCCACAGGGAACUAAUUAAUUUAGAAGAUUUGGAGUAGGAUCACAUGUAUAGGUUGCUGCCCCUAAUCCAGUCCUUAGUGAUCAGGAAUAACCAGCACUUAAGGAUACUAUUUGCUUGUCAAACUGCUAUAUGAAAUUUGAGUUAUCUGCAGGAUAAAAUUGUCCUAAUAAUGCUUCAUCUGGCAGCCAGCAUCUGCUUUCUAUAGCAGUAAACAGAGGUAAAAAAUAUCGACCAAACAAGUAGAAUGUAAUACUGUUCACUUGUCUGAUAAGAGAGAUAGUUCAUCUUGUAAAGGACAAGAGCAGGUUGUGUUAAAACACAUCAUUGAACAUCUUCUGUAGCUAACCAGUCUAUAAAAUUAUGAGAAUUUUUGUUUUUACUACAUUUGCACACACAUGGACUACCUCAUUAGUUUGUCACAGCACACCAAGUAGUGUAGUGACAGGACCCUAAAAAGAUUAAAGGAAUUUACCCAAUUUCAAAUUUGCUUUGCACAAAGGGUGGAAGUCUUUGUG